UACGACAUCUUCCUGGACAACUCGAUGGUGGACAACCGCACGGGCUUCUUCUACCUGGGCCUGGUGCAGCCGAACGGGUCGGUGCCCGAGUUCAGCCCCGACGAUCCGGUCAACCUGACCCUGACCGACGUGAGCCGGGAGUUCAGCACCAACUACUCGGUGCGCAUCUACACGUCCGGAUGCUACUUCUUCAACGCCAAGACCAAGGGCUGGUCCGCCGACGGCUGCUUCGUGUCCAACGCCAACUACGCGCUGACCAAGUGCAAGUGCAACCACCUGACAUCGUUCGGGAGCGGGUUCUUCGUAAUGCCUAACACCGUGGACUUCUCGUACGUGUUCGCCAACGCGGGUUUCGCCGACAACGUGACCAUCUACAUGACCGUGGUGGUCACCAUGCUCGUCUACAUCGUGCUCCUCAUCUGGGCGCGCUACGAGGACAAGAAGGACCUCGAAAAGCUGGGAGCGACGCCGCUGCAGGACAACGACCCCAAGGACAAGUACGUCUACGAGAUAGUGGUGUUCACGGGCGACAAGAAGGGAGCGGCAACCGACUCAAACGUAUUUUUCAUCGUUUCUGGCGACGAUGACGAGACCGAGGUACGCACCUUCGGAGACCAGAAACGCAAGAUUUUCCGCAAAGGCGGAAUCGAUACCUUUGUCAUGACGGUGCCACGUUCCCUGGGCCGGCUGAACUACAUGCGCAUCUGGCACGACAACGCCGGCAAGGGUUCCAUGCGGUCCUGGCAUCUGCGCUUCGUGUCCGUCAGGGACGUGCAGACCAACGCUCGCUACGACUUCAUCGCCAACCGGUGGUUCGCCGUCGAGAAAGAAGACGGCAUUACUGACCGUCUGCUCCCAGUGGCCGGCAAGGACGAGGCGACCGAGUUCAAUCACCUGUUCCAACUCAAAUCCCAGAAGAACCUGGCCGACGGCCACUUGUGGUUCAGCGUGUUCAUGCGGCCGCCCAAGAGCCGCUUCACCCGCUGCCAACGGGUCUCGUGCUGUGUGGCCCUGCUCUACCUGUCCAUGCUGGUGAACGCCAUGUGGUACGGCAGGGUGCCCUCCAAGCCGUCCGCGUCCGCCGUCAACCUCGGGCCUUUCUCGCUCAGCCCGGAACAGGUCGGUGUGGGCGUACUCUCCAACUUGAUCGUGUUCCCGCCUACCUUCCUUAUGAUCACGCUGUUCCGGAGAUCCCGGCUCCGACAGAAGCGACCCAACCGCAUCACGGAAGCCCUCAAGCAGAAGAGAGGGUCCGUGGUCGUGAGCCGCUCCACGUCCGCCAAGCACGGCAAGACCGAAUCCACGAUGGAACUGACCGAGUUCAAGGAAAAGGAGCUCACUGACGUCUUCGAGGAGAACCGUGGACUGCGCCGCCAGGGCAAGGCGUCCAAGAGGAAGCGCAAGAGCAAGUUCAUGUUCCCCUGGUGGUGCCGCUACGUGGCCUGGUUCUUCUGCCUGGCCUCCAUCUUCGUGUCCAUCUUCUUCAUCUGGGCUUACGGCGUCCAGUUCGGCGACGAGAAGACCCGCAAGUGGAUCACGUCCCUCCUGGUGUCCUUCUUUAUGUCUGUCCUGGUCACGCAGCCCAUCAAGGUCUUCCUGCUAGCCAUCGUGUUCUCCAGUUUGUUCAAGUCACCCGAUAAGGAGGACGAAGACGUGGACGAAGACGAAGAGGAACCCGAGCUUCUCGAGCAUGAAGAAUGGCUUCACAACGAAGCUCCCGGUCACCGGCGUCGCCGGAUGUACAAGCCCCAGAACAACUCUGAGCUGGACCGAGUGCGAGAGGAGCGUCUACGUGAACUCAAGAUGACGGCCAUUUUGAGGGAGAUCGGAACCUACCUCUUCUUCCUCUGGAUCCUCACGGUGCUGUCGUACGGCAACCGCGAUCCAAGUGCCUACUACCUGCAGCAGAGCCUCCGACACGAAUUUGUUGACAACGGAAAGUUCCCUGAAGUAAGCAAAACAAAUGCUCAGCAGUUUUGGAAGUGGUCCCGCGAGGUCCUGGUACCAAACCUGAAGGCUGGAGCCUGGUACAACGGCGCCCAGCCGUUCGGACUCCGGGGCUUCCUGGAAGACAAAGUGAAUCGGAUCAUGGGAUUCGCUUCGCUAAGACAAGUCAGGGCCAGACCAAACUCCUGUAAGGUGGAGAAGCUGAUGCGGAAGCUGGUCAGCGGCUGCAGAGGCCAGUCCAGUGUCCUGAACGAGGACAAGCGUAGCUACUUACCAGGAUGGGAUGAGGUCGUCCCCCUCGGUGGCCCCAAAAUACCAAUGUCUGAAGUGAACGAGUGGCAUCACCGACGAGCCAAAGAACUCAACGGUCUCCCCUUCUGGGGAAAACUGGAUGUCUACGGAGGUGGGGGAUACCUCGUGCCGCUGCGUGGUCCCAAUGAUCGCAUCAUCCAACACCUUAAGGACCUCGAGAAGUCCGAUUGGAUAGAUGGCGGAACCCGCGCCGUGUUUGUCGAAUUCAGCGUCUACAACGCCCAGGUGAAUCUCUUCGGCGUCGUGACCAUGAUCGCCGAGUUUCACCCCGGAGGUGGCGUGGUCCCGAACGUACGCAUCGACGCCAUCCGACUCAUGCGCUACCAUCAGGGCUUCGGCCUUUUUGUUCUCAUUUGCGAGCUCGUCUUCGUCGGAUUUGUCAUCUACUUCACGGUCCAUGAGAUAAAGUGCUUCCUCAACCUCCGCAUGGACUACUUCCGGAGCUACUGGAACUUGGCCGAACUAGUGGCUCUUGGACUCUCUUACGCCGCCAUGUUCUUCUACAUCUCCAGGAUGGUGGUGACCAACAAGAUCCUUAAGAUCUUCUCUCGUAGCCACGGCAACGGUUACGUCAAGCUUCAGGUCGUGGCGGCGAUUGAUGAAUUGUUUGGAUACCUUAUGUCCUUCCUUAUCUUCAUCUCGAUUCUCAAAUUCACAAAACUGCUCCGCUUUAACAAGAGGAUCGGAAUCUUGUACAGCACGUUGGCCCAGUGCUCGCGUGACCUCAGCUCCUUCUUUGUCGUCUUCUGGGUCACCUUUUUCGCUUUCGUCAUGGUCUUCUACAUUCUUCUGGGCACCCAGAUGUCUGAGUUCUCCACGUUCGUGACCGCAGCCGAGACGUGUUUCGACAUGGCUCGUGGUCAGUUCAAGUUCGACGACAUCGCCAUGGCAUCCCCGUUCGUCGGACCGCUUGUGUUCUUCGUAUUCGCCAUGGUGACGUCCGUCAUACUGCUCAACAUCUUCGUCACGCUUAUCAUCAGUUCCUUCCAGUCUGUAAAAGAGGACGUGGAAAAGCAGUGCAAUGACUUUGAGAUGGUCAGUUUCGUAGGCAAGAAGUUCAAAGGGUUUCUUGGGUUCCAGUCUGCCGACCUGGAGCCAGAAUCCAAGGUUCCGACGCUCGAGUCGCAGAUCACAAACUUCCCCGAAAAAGUGGACCGCCUCCUUUACUACAUCAACGACACAUACUUUGACGGGCAGCUGGAUCUCAGCGGAAAGCGGGCACUCAGGGCACUCUACAAGGCUCCAGAGCCAACCGGAGUGCAGCAGGUACCGGCGCAAGGAAAGAUGCUGGACUGGAUGGAAGUAUCCGAGGACCCGGCGCCGCCAGAAGACGAAGAAGAGAUUGAAGUCGUGCCGCGUCGCAGAAGAAAGAAGAGGUUUUGAGAAGCCUGACAAGCGGAAACACACCAUCAAGCUCUGGCUAUGACACCAAGAAGAAUAGUACCAGCACAAAUCUGGUCUAGUCUAGACGUCGCAUCUUUCCUGAUAAACAAUAUCCUACCCAAAUAAAAACGCGGAAGGAAACUUGACAAGUGAAAGAGGCACAAGUCCAAACCGCAAUAUCGGAAUACGAUAAUUAAACAGCCCGCUGUAGUCUUGUCACCACGUCCUCACUUUACGCAACACCCCAGUUUAUUCAUUUACGUCCGUAAACUAUUUAGGUUAAUCAGUAGUUCAAACUGAACUAGCUGAUUCUUUGGGCUCACGAUAAAGUAAGCACGAAGGUAACCGUAGGAGCUCCUUGUGCAUGUGUAGCACCAAGUAACUUGUCAUUUGGAAAUGAUUCCUUUCAAGCCAACACAAAAUUAAGUCUUAAUUAAUCGCCCCUGUCAGCACUAGCUUGUGUUUGAUUAAAACGGCUAAGACCUGCUAACACAAUUGCACAAACGUUUGUUGGUUACCUUCCAGGAAAUACAUGUUCGUCAUUAUGCGAGAGCUGUAAAUAUUUGUCGAAUAAAAUAGUUG